AUGAUUUUGCAGACGGAGACAGCGGGUGCGUGCUGGGCGCGGCUGCUGGCAGCGCUGCUGGUGACGUCACGGGCGGCAGCAGAGGCCGGAGCCCCCCCUGGCAGCGGUCAGCCCAAACCCCGCGCCGCGCAGUUCGUGCCCUCAUUCGGGCCGCCCGUACAGCAGCCGGUCUUCGAGUUCUAUCACGAGCCGCAGCACUACACCGGGCAGGCGUUUGGGGACUCGUUCGCACCAUCCCCGCCGGACCCACUCCUGAACGCCCUGCAAGCGACGGCAGCGCCUCACUCGGAGCCGCAGAGCAACGUGCCGGAGCGCCUUCAGCUGUCAGCGCAGCCACAAGAUCUGAGCCAGCUGCUGCCGGCCUCGCUCUACGCAGCCAGCCCUCUGUACAAGGCACUAGAUAAGGCAGCGCCUCUCGAGGUAACGGAGGCCCCGAUCACCAUACAGACGCCACAACCACCGCAGUCUUCUCUGCACAACCCACACUCAUUCCACUCGGUGGUCAACUACGGCGUCAUCAGCGUCCAUCAUGGAGAUCACUUCGAACCUCACAACAACAACGGAGUCGCAGAGCCAGAUCGUUAUCACAUGUCAUCAGGAACUCUGAAGGAGAUUCAUUGCACCUUUACAAUUCCGUAUCUGCCCUUGGCUCAGUUUAAUUUACCGGAGACAGCAGCUGCGCCACAAACGCCUGCGGGCGGCAUCCUCAGACUCCCCGGCAGCCAGGCGCCCUGCACCGUCAGAGGGUCCUCGCGUUACGGACACCUGGCUGGUCUUCAACGGCGCUACGGACAGAAUUACGAAAAAUGUGCUGUCGCUUUCACUGUACAUAUCGACUAAUUUUUGUAAACGAAAUUCAUACACUUUGUAAAUAAAGUGUCUAGGCAUUA